CACAGCUUAUAGUAUUACGUAGAGCAACACCUUCGUGUGCAUCAUUUGUUUUUGUUUCCAAAAAAAAAAUUCAAUUAAGUUUUGUUAGUUAAUUUAAAAUUCGUGUUGACGGUCCAGAGUCCGCGAAUACAAAUCCAUCGAUUGCUUUUUGCAUUCAAAUCAAACACGGUAAAAUCAACGAGAAAGUUGUGUUCCAGUUUUGACAAAGUAUCCAUUGGGUGUUGGCUGUUGUGCAUCAUAACAAGUCCAUACAUAUAGAAAAACGGAAAUUCUGUGAAAUUUGUGGCUACAUCGAUUUUCUUUGAUUUGGAAAAAUGAUUGAAAAGUUUAAUUUUAAUGGAAAUGUUAGUCCAAUAACAUGUCAUGCAUGGAAUAAGGACCGAAGCCAAAUUGCCAUUUCGCCGAAUAACAAUGAGGUGCAUAUUUACAAGCGUGACGGAUCGGAUUGGAAAUUACUUGAUAUAUUGAAGCAACAUGAUUUACGUAUUAUGGGAAUUGAUUGGGCCCCAAACACCAAUCGAAUUGUAACAUGUGGCAUUGAUCGUAAUGCUUAUGUUUGGACGCCAAAUGAGGAAGGAAAGUUUAAACCAACUCUAGUGCUUUUACGAAUAAAUCGUGGUGCAACAUGUGUGAAAUGGUCGCCGCAAGAGAAUAAAAUUGCGGUCGGUUCCGGUGCACGGCUCAUUUCGAUUUGCUAUUUUGAGUCGGAGAAUGAUUGGUGGGUGUCAAAGCACAUAAAAAAACCGAUUCGUUCAACAAUUACAUCGCUAGACUGGCAUCCAAACAACGUUCUACUGGUGGCUGGUUCUACCGAUUAUAAGGCACGUGUUUUUUCGGCAUAUAUCAAAGACAUUGAAAGUCAACCGUCACCGACGCCAUGGGGUAAUCGAAUGCCGCUCGGCCAACUUAUGGCCGAAUUCAAAAACAGCAAUCAAGGUGGUGGGUGGGUACAUGGCGUCAGUUUUUCAAACGAUGGCAAUAAAAUCUGUUGGGUUGGACAUGACAGUGCUAUCAAUAUUGCCGAUGCAACCAGUGGCAAUGCUGUUGUUAAAUUGAAAACGGAAUUUUUACCAUUUUUGAGUUGUCAUUGGAUUUCACCGACUUCGCUCGUUGUGGCUGGCCACAGUUGCAUUCCAAUCAUUUAUACAGUUGACCAAAACAAUAAGAUAACGCUGAAGGGAAAAUUGGAUCAGGCACAAAAGAAAGAGUCCACUGGUGUUUCGGCAAUGAAAAUCUUUCAAUCGUUGGAUCGCAAUUUACGCACCGAAAAUGAUGAUGCCAAUUUGAAUUCGAUUCAUCAAAAUGCAAUUGCAUGCAUCGCAAUUUAUGAAGGUGAUAAAAAUUCGGGCAUACGCAAAAUCAGCACAUCAGGAUUGGAUGGUCAAGUUGUCAUUUGGGACUUGACAUCCAGUCUAUCGCAAUCGAUGCAAGGACUGAGAAUUUAAAUUAAUUAUUCCAUGCAAAAAUGCUUACGUAAAAACAAAGCUUUAACUUUACAAUUUUUUUUUUUCGUUAAUUUUGUUCUGUUCAUUUGCAUAAGUUUUUUCCCACUGAAAUAGAAGUUUUUUUUUGUGUUUAAUUACAUACACACUCGAAAUUGAGAUUUAAAAAUGAUUUUUUUUUAUUUGUUAGAUAAAGAAAAAUUAAAUAUAUUAAUUAGCUCACAAUUAAGGCAUUGAAAAGAAUAUGCCUGUUCCUUUAAAUACUUUCAAUACAUAUUCAAUACUAUUAAUUGUAAGUGAAAUUGUUCAUUAUCUAAAUAGUAUUAUUUGCAAAGGGAAAUACAUGAUUUUCCUUAGAUUUUCAUUUAUAAAUAGCUUUGCCCAUAUGCAUCCCGUCUACAAUGAA